AUGAAUGCGAACAGUACCAUAGUGGUGAACCCUAAAAGGUCUCCCUCAACACCACUGAUGAUUUGGCAAUGGAAUUGUCGCUCAUACCGCGGCAAGCAAAAUUCACUAUCACUGUUUGCAAACGUACAUUCGCCGGCCGUUAUCGCUCUUCAGGAAACUGGCACAGAUCAGAUAACGCUCAGGGGGUACACUACGUUUAUCACCGAUCCUGCCUCACGAACGGCCACUUUGGUCCAGACAACUCAGACAGCGCAGGCACACACCCUCCCCACAAAUUUGGACUAUGUUUUCGUAGAACUUAUCCCAAAAAAUAAGACACAAGCCAGCCUUUUCAUCCUCAACAUAUAUAGCCCCCCAUCGCCACCCCUCAAUGAAAUUGACCGCCUCUUCAAGACCGUUAGACAAAGAACAAAAGGGCACGGACUGGUGAUCAUUGGUGAUUUCAACGCGAAUCCCACAAUAUGGGGUUACCAUAGGGACAACAAAAAAGGAAGGCAACUCCAUGAAGCCAUUAGACAAAACAAUCUUCACUUGUGUAAUACCCCAGAUGCCCCCACGCGGAUGGGUAAUAGUGUCUCACGAGACACUACUCCGGACCUUACGCUUACUUAUGGACUCAAAGACCCAAUCUGGGAAUGGCUCACAGAAACAUUGGGAAGUGAACAUUAUAUCAUACAGCUACAGCUCCCCCAUCAUGAGGCAGCAGCAAAAAGAAUAGGCACUGCCCGUCUCACCGAUUGGAGAAAAUUCCGGGAAAUAACACCCACCAGUCCCAUCCACGCGAUUGAAGAAUGGACAGCACAAAUGUUGGAGGCAGUUAAAAAGCACACUAAGGAAUUACCGUUAACCCAAGACUGCCCCGCAAUUGACGCACACCUCUUACACCUAUGGGAGGCCCGACGAGGGCUAACAAAACGCUGGAAAAAACGGAGAACCAAUCGAAAACUUCGCCUUCGUAUAGCCCAGAUAACACUAGAAGCGGCAACAUAUGCCAUACACCUCAGCCAACAGAACUGGUCGCAGUUCUGCACGAAGCUACAAGACCACAAAGAACGAGUACCUCUGCACCUAAGAAAAGCCAUUCGUGUAGCCCAGAUCCCGAAGAACAUGCAUCCGGUUUACAAUAAGGCUCGGCGCAUCGCUAGAGCACGAACCAUGAACACCCAAUACGGCGAUAGCCCAACUGCAAGAUACACCGACGCGUCCCCGUAUCCGCAUAAGCCAGCCCAUGCUGUAUGUGUAACCAAUGCAGCAGGGCAAGAAAUGACCGCACUCACAGUCCGCACAACAUCUACAGAAGCCGCCGAAGAAAUUGCCAUCGCCCUAGCCGCAACGACAGGCGACGAUAUAAUCACAGUGCUCACAGACUCUCAGGCAGCGUGUCGGAAUAGGUGA